UUGUUUUAGUCACGUGAUCCAUGAAUCUUCCAAGGAACUGAGUACGUACGUUGGGGUCGCGAGAAAGAAAAAUACGAAAAUACAGCAAUCUGUGAUUUUUAAAAGAUGCUACAACAAACAUAUAUGUUUUCUAUAACCCUUGUACUACUGUUAGGGAACGCGUGUGCUUUAUAUAACGAUAAGUCAGAACCAGACACUUACUUCGCAAACGUAAAUGUUACUGUGUGUUCGAAGGAUGGUUGCCGUUCUGAUAUCAACGAAGCCAGUUAUGGAUCGAGCAGUUCACACAGAAAAGUCGAAGGACAUUUAGUCCAUGCUUCUACAGACGGUUGUAAGAAGUUUGUAUUUCCAGUGAUGAAGAGUCCUUGGAUUGCAUUGAUACAGAGGGGUAGUUGUUUUUUUACAUGGAAAAUUAGAAAUGCUCAGCAACACAAUGCCUCUGGUGUUAUAAUAUACGGAGAUAAACCAGGCAAUUCUUUUACAAUGGAACAUAAAAAUGCUGAUGUUGUCGCUGUUAGCAUUACUCAUGGUUUUGGGAAUGAAAUAAUAUCAGAAAUGAAUAAUUCCAGUGUAUAUGUGACGAUUACAUACAGCAGAACACAAGAAGGUCGUAAAAUCAAUACAAUCUCGGUCUUGUUUGUUUCCGUUUCAUUUAUUGUUCUCAUGGUCAUCUCGUUAGCUUGGCUCGUUUUUUACUAUGUACAAAGAUUCCGAUUUUUAUACGCCAGAGAUAAAACUGAGAGACGUCUAACAACUGCUGCAAAGAAAGCAAUUGCAAAACUUCAUUCUCGAACAGUUAGCAAGAAGGAGGAAGAAGAUGGCACAUUGAACAAUUCUUGUGCUGUCUGUUUGGAAGAGUAUAAGUCUGGGGAAACACUUCGUACGCUUCCUUGCAACCAUGAGUUUCACAAGCAUUGUGUGGACCCAUGGUUAAUUGAGCACAGAACUUGUCCUAUGUGCAAGACAAAUAUCUUGAAAGAAUUGGGAAUGUUACAAUCAGAAGAUGAAAGAUUAUCAUCUCAGGAGAAUGAUGUGACUGUAUCUAUCACCCCAAGUGAUCAUAACAGUGCUCUUCAUAAUGGUGGUUUAGUGGAAGAACAUGGUAGCAUAUCUCGAGGACAACUUGUCCAAGCAACACCAAGUCAGCAACCAUGUGCAGUAACACCAGUUGAAACUACUGCAAGUUGUGAGUUGUCUUAUGUUAGAACAGACAAAACAAGAAAUACUCCAGGGGCUGCUGUGUAAUGUGCUGCUCAUUGGUAGUGUUGGGUAACUACAAUUGUCAUGUUGGUUAAAACAAAAUUUAUUUUGUGAAGGUAUCUUGGCACAAAGUGAUUAUUAUCAUAAAUUACUCUGUAAUAUUUUUCAAUUUCAUAAAUGGGGGUCAGUUUGUGCAACUGUAAGAGUAGUUUUUUAGCACAAGUUUGAUUUCUCUGAAAUUAAGUGGAAACAUUUUCUAAUAUACAUUAGGUACAAUAAUCAGGUUUUAAUGCUAAAACGUUUUGCGCAGUCCACAUUACUCGAGUUAGUUCAAUUCUACAAAUCCUUCCCAAAGAUGAAAUACAUCACAAGUCAUUAUUCAAAUGCCCUGUCAUCAGGCUUCUAUUUUUGUACAAGGCACAUUCUUUAGUUGGUUAAACACUGUUAACACCAAUUUAAAUAUACCUAGAAGAGUUAUCAUAUAGUUCCAGUCAUAAUUGUGUUAACGAUAUAUGUAAAAUUGAGAUUGCCUGGAAUUUUCCUAUCAUGCAAUGAUGCAAUUGUCCAAAACCACAUUGUUGCAAGCGUCCAUCGGACGUUCAUCACCAGAGGCAUAGCAUGAUGCUUUUUAAUAACCAAUUCAAGACUGAUUAAUAUUCAAUUUGAGAUCCUGACUCAGGAGUCUGGUUGAAGAACAAACAAGUAUUUAUUUUAACCCUGUCCUUUUGAGAAACAAUUUUUCUAACUGUAGUUAAAAAAUCGUUACAAUCGCAAAAGGGUUCGCAUCCAGUUUUUCCAUGGAUCAUAACGCAGUGCCAGUUUGAAUUAAAUUGUAGCAUUACUAUAGUUUCAAGUUUAGUUGUACAAAGUAGUUCAAGGUUUUAAGGUAACGAUACUCUAUAGUAAGUGAGCAUCAAGAAUUUUUAGGCCUAUUAAAUUAUUUCAGCUUAGACCUUGGUGCAUGAAUCGUACAUCUCUAUACUAUUACCGCCGUGUAAAUAUGUUAUUUUUUAA